GAUCCGAUCUCAUCAAUUAUAUUCCCUGUCAUUGAACAUAGUAGAACUCUCGACGCCCUUCACAAACUGGAGAUAUCGCUUGAAAUUCGACUUCCAUCCCUUCUGACGUGAAUAGAACUUCCAUACCCUUGCGUUAUGAAAUACAGUGCCGUUGGCACAGUGGUAGCCGACACCAGCAGUGCAGAGAAGAUCGUUGAAUCCUUAAGUAAGGUCGCUGUCCACGGUGCACCAUUUGAUUCGCACGUGUGGGGCCCUCCGCAUAAACGUGAAUGCCUAGAUGGCACUCGCACGAGGAUCUUGGAAGAAAUCGAGACAACACUACAGGCAAGCAACAGUACGCUGAUUUGGCUCUCUGGCUCUCCUGGGAUAGGAAAGUCUGCGAUCGCUCAUACAAUCGCCAGCCGUCUCAAAGACAAGUCGAGAUUAGCUGGAACGUUUUUCUUUAGUCGCAAACAUGGGGACAUGCCUGGCAUGGCCAGCCUUGAUUUCUUUGCGCCUACGUUGGCGUACCAAAUUUCAAACAGUGAACACCUCGCCAAAGACGAUGUGGUCCGUGCCAUCAGAUCCGACCCUGCUAUCCUUGAUCCAAGGAAGCCGCUCGCUGAUCAAAUACGAGAACUGCUAGUUAAACCGUUACAGAAUUUGCGGGUCUCAUGGGGACAUUCGGAAUCAAAGGUGCUUGUAAUCGAUGCGAUUGACGCAUGUAAAGAGCGCAUCCGCGAGCUCAUCCUAUGUCUUUCGAAUUUCCUUCGCCAGCCACGUAUUCCGCACUUGCACAUCGUCAUCACCAGCCGACCUCUUUACACUAUUGAUGAUGCAUUUGAAGCUAUUGGUUCCGAGCAGUCAAUACAUCAUAUCGCUCUCGAUGACGUUGAUGUUGCUGAAGCUCACAAGGACCUUUGUCUCUUCUUCGAGCAUGCUCUAGAGAGGAGCUACAGGAAUCAUGGCCUUGAAUACCAUGAACUGGGGCCCGAAGACGAGAUAAUCCGCUGUCUCGCUGACAGGGCGAACGGUCGGUUCGGGACCGCGUCGACGAUGAUGAGAUUCCUCGAAACCCGCCAUGACGACGACGAAGUGUCAUAUGAUAUCGAUGAAAAACUCAACAUUAUGAAGGAUCCCGGUGAUGCAUAUCUACAUCCUACCCAAAUAUUCUGUUUCUAUGAGUUCAUCAUCAAGGCAUCCGAAAAUCCAACCCGUGCAUACCAACAUUUGUCCACGGUAGUCAAUCUCGCCGAACCGCUAGCAAUUUUUUACUUGCAGAAGCUCCUGGGAUCUUCAGAAAGCGAUUUAUUGUCCAUUCUCGUGUCGUUAUCCCCGACAGUCAACGUCCCCGCUGAUGACUCUCGCGCCGUGGAGGUUCUCCACAUGAAGUCGCUUCGCGAGUUUCUCUCCCACCAUUCCUCUUCGUCUUCGUCGCGCGCAUCCCAGCUCCUUGCACAGUCCAGUCUGCGAAUGAUGAAAAACUCAUUCAUGCGCCAGUCGGGCCUCAAGGAUGAGCUGCAACGAAUGGUUGCAAAGAUCAUCAUUGAAGCAGGUCCGCAAUCAGAUCUGCAAUCAGAUAAUAUACUGAUUAUUUUCCUCGAAUUGUGUUUGGCACAGUCGUGCAGCAAGACCGUACGUGCGACCGCCUGGUACCACGAAUAUAUGCGAUCAGGGGCUGGAGCUCCCUGCUCCGCCCCGUCUCGUGCCCAGCCCUGUGAUAUGUCGGAGGAUAUAUCAAAAGCUCGGUUGGCACUUCAGGAUUUCCGAGCGAAAUAUGAAUUUCGCGACCUACACGUGUUCGACCUCUUAGCAAAACUACAGGCUCUGCCAGAGAUGUUGUUCAUCUUGAUCCUCUUGGCAAUUCGUCACACUCAUCCUUCCGCUUCGCAUCAUAUUGGUUGCAUCGAUGAGUCCUUAUCAUCACGCAUGCCUCCGGCGUUCAUAAACUUCAUGCGAUACGUGUGGAAAGGAACUGAGCAAAGCUUAAACAGCUCGACAGCCCUCAAACAUGCUUGCCAAUAUUGGAGUGUGUAUCUCUCCCAGGCUCCGAUGAACGUGGAUGGAUAUUUGUGCAACUAUCUUCGUGCCUUUUGGCAGGAUAAGUUACUAUCUUGGUUCGAAAGACAGUGGUACUUGGAGGGCUUAGAAUCAUGCACAGCCAUCCUGAAUAUUGCACAGACCAUUGAUUUCAAAUUGAAAUUGUGAUUGAUUUGCGAUUCUGUUGUACAGUAGUUAUCACUUCUACAAUUGUCUACAAGUACAUCACAAUCACUGCGGAAACGACUUUUUAGUCGGACACUAAACGGA